CGAAGCUGCGGGGGCAGGCCGGGCCUGCUGUCACCUUGCUGGGCUCUAAGAUCCGCCUCCACAGAUAUCAAAAGAAACCGGAAAAGCCUACAAAAAAAGAGUUAAAGACAAAAUUCAAGAAAACACACACAUACAUAAUUGUGUUUUCUACAUUGUUGAUUUCACACUGCUGAUCCAUAGAGCUAACUCAGCUGACUUUCACCCUGUCAUCGCUAAGUGGACUAUGUGAACUUUCAUGAAAGAUGCUGUGAUUUUGAAACCAGGUAACCUGGAGUCUGGGGGCUUGUCCAGCUUUCUCAGGAUUCAGCAGACAUUGCAAGUGACAUUGAAGGUUACAGUGGUAGUCAAUGUUAUUUGAGCAGGGUCAGCAGGCCCUGGAGCUACCUGAGUGCACAAUGCAGAAGGCUGCUUACUAUGAAAACCCAGGACUGUUCGGAGGCUACGGCUACAGCAAAACCACUGAAACUUACGGUUACACCACCCCCCACCAGCCCUACCCACCCCCUGCUGCUGCCAACUCCCUGGACACUGACUAUCCAGGUUCUGCCUGCUCCAUCCAGAGCUCUGCCCCUCUGAGAGCCCCAGCCCACAAAGGAGCUGAACUUAAUGGCAGCUGCAUGCGGCCUGGCACUGGUAACAGCCAGGGUGCGGGUGGUGGCAGCCAGCCUCCUGGUCUGAACUCAGAGCAGCAGCCACCACAACCCCCUCCUCCACCACCAACCCUGCCCCCAUCUUCACCCACCAAUCCUGGAGGUGGAGUGCCUGCCAAGAAGCCCAAAGGUGGGCCCAAUGCUUCUAGCUCCUCAGCCACCAUCAGCAAGCAGAUCUUCCCCUGGAUGAAAGAGUCUCGACAGAACUCCAAGCAGAAGAACAGCUGUGCCACUGCAGGAGAGAGCUGCGAGGACAAGAGCCCGCCAGGCCCAGCAUCCAAGCGGGUACGCACGGCGUACACGAGUGCGCAGCUGGUGGAGUUGGAAAAGGAAUUCCACUUCAACCGCUACUUGUGCCGGCCGCGCCGCGUGGAGAUGGCCAACCUGCUGAAUCUCACGGAACGCCAGAUCAAGAUCUGGUUCCAGAACCGGCGUAUGAAGUACAAGAAGGACCAGAAGGCCAAGGGCAUCCUUCACUCGCCGGCGGGCCAGUCCCCUGAGCGCAGCCCACCGCUCGGCGGCGCCGCUGGCCACGUGGCCUACUCUGGCCAGCUGCCCCCAGUGCCCGGCCUGGCCUACGACGCGCCCUCGCCGCCGGCAUUCGCCAAAUCACAGCCCAAUAUGUACGGCCUGGCCGCCUACACGGCGCCGCUCAGCAGCUGCCUGCCACAACAGAAGCGCUACGCGGCGCCCGAGUUCGAGCCCCACCCCAUGGCGAGUAACGGCGGCGGCUUCGCCAGCGCCAACCUGCAGGGCAGCCCGCUGUACGUGGGCGGCAACUUCGUCGAGUCCAUGGCUCCCGCGUCCGGGCCUGUCUUCAACCUGGGCCACCUCUCGCACCCGUCGUCGGCCAGCGUGGACUAUAGUUGCGCCGCGCAGAUUCCAGGCAACCACCACCAUGGACCGUGCGACCCUCAUCCCACCUACACAGAUCUCUCGGCCCACCACUCGUCUCAGGGACGACUGCCGGAGGCUCCCAAACUGACGCAUCUGUAGCGGCUGCCGCCGGCCCGAACUCGCGGCGCAAUUACCUCUCUUGCUGUAGUGGUGGGGUGGCGGGCGGGGCCCGCGGGGCAGUUCGGGAACCCCCUCCCCCGCUUUUGCCCCGCCGCUGCCUCCCGGGUCUCAGGCCUCCAGCAGUGGAGGCGCAGGCGACCGGGCCUCCCCCUCCAUGGGUGUCCUCCUUUGGGUGACUCGCCAUAAAUCAGCCGCAAGGAUCCUUCCCUGUAAACCUGACAGUGCCACAUACUGCGGACCGAGGGACUCUAAUCUGGUAAUGGUGUCCCAAAGGUAAGUCUGAGACCCAUCGGCGGCGCGCCCUGCAGAGGGACCAGGGCCCGGAGAGUCUUGGGCCUGGCCCGCGUCUAGCUUAGUUUCGGAGACCUUAAUUUAUAUUCUCCUUCCUGUCCCAUAAGGAUUGCAUCGGACUAAACUAUCUGUAUUUAUUAUUUGAAGCGAGUCAUUUCGUUUCCCUGAUUAUUUAUCCUUGUCCUGAAUGUAUUUGUGUGUAUAUUUGUAGAUUUCUCCGGCCGAGCUUAGGAAUUCGCUUCCAGGCCGUGGGGGCCACAUUUCACCUCCUUAGUCCCCUUGGUUUGAACUAGUUGAAAGAGUAGUUUUGAACAGUCGUAACGGUGGCUGGUGUUUGUAGUUGAUGUAAAGGAUUUAAGACCGCAACUUGUCCUUCAUGGGUAGAGUCAGAAAGCCCGGUGGUGUGGCACAACACACGUUAGUCAUUUCUCAAAAGCCACAGCCCUCACCACAGUUUAUUGAUUUCAAAUUGUCUGGUACUAUUGGAACAAAUACUUAGAAUAAAAAAAUUUCUCAGU